AUGAAAGCUUCGGUUGAAGAAUCCAUGGUAGCUGAAAGGUUUGAUGAUGGUGAAAAAGACAAGAAGAAGAAACGCCGAUCCAAUCGUCGAACUAAGCAGAAUAUUCCCUCAGUACUGGAAGUAAAUGAAGCUGUUGUGGUGUCCUCAGAAAGCUCAUUAAAAAAUGGAAUGGCUUCUCAAACAUCUGGUUCUGUUAGCAAUUCAAGGAAGCAGCAGGGUGUUAUUGCUUUAUCCCCUAAUGAGCAAGGGUUAUCAGAAGCCCCGAGUGUUGAAUCCAUAUCAAUGCCUCUCAUCCAUUUUAAUGAUGUUGAUUUGCAAAACAAGCAAAUAAUACACGAAGGAGGAGUUGUUUCAAAACCAUUUUCAGAGCCCAUCUCUUGCUUAGUGUCAUCGGGAACUAAUAAAAAGAAAGACUCCGUCCCUUGCAGUCAAUUUGGUUUUAAUGGCCAGAUAAAUUAUUUUAGUCCACACUGGUCUAUUGAUGCUGUUGAGAAGGCAUUGGAAGUUAGUGAUGUUUUCAAAGCUGUCUUUCAUGUCAAUGCUCACAAUAGACUCGAGGCCUACUGUAGAAUUGAUGGAGUACCAACCGAUAUUCUUAUUGGCGGGGUUCCAUCCCAGAAUAGAGCUGUGGAAGGUGAUGUUGUUGCAAUAAAGAUUGAUCCUUUGUCAUUGUGGACAAAAAUGAAAGGAUCAAAUGUGGCCAACAACAAUACUGCGGUACUGGAAGAUUGCAACCUUCUUGUCCAAGAUAAUGUAGUGGAUGAUAACAAUUGUGAAGGAGAAGACAAGUUAAAUGCUGAUCAUGACUCUUCCAAUUGUAGAAGCUCUCCUUGUCAAAAAAAGAUCAAUUCUGGUAGUGAACAAAGUGAAGUUAUGAAUGCAGUGGAGAAGAUGUGUAUGUUGGUUAAUUCUUUCCCUUUUAAAAGACCAACUGGCAGAGUGGUUGCUGUUUUUGAGAGGUCUCCACGCCGAGAUUGUAUUGUUGGUCAUCUUAAUGUAAAGCAAUUGGUUUUUUCCCGGGACAUAAACCAGAAAGAUGCAAGAAAGAAUAAGAAUUUGGUGUCUGAGCAUGAGUAUAUCCAACUGACGCCAAUUGAUCCAAAGUUUCCUAACAUAAUGCUUCUUGUUAGAGACUUACCAGAGAGCAUUAAGGGAAGGCUGAAAAGUGGUGAUGCAGCAAUUGAAAUGGAUCUGGUAGCUGCACAAAUAGAUGAUUGGUUUGAAGAAAGUCAUUUUCCAGAGGGUCAUAUUUUGCAAAUUUUUGGGAGAGGAAGUGAAGUUCAGCCCCAAUUAGAUGCUAUUUUGUUUCAGAAUGGAAUCUGUUUUUCCGAAUUUCCGGCUAACACUCUAUCCAGCCUGCCACAAGUUCCUUGGGAGUUACCAUUAGGAGAAUUGCAAAGUAGAGCUGAUCUUAGAAACUUGUGUAUAUUUUCUAUUGAUCCUUCAACUGCAACUGAUCUGGAUGAUGCACUGUCAAUUGAGAAGUUGUGUAAUGGAAAUUAUAGAGUAGGCAUCCAUAUUGCUGAUGCAUCAUACUUUGUAGUACCAGACACUUUUUUAGAUGAUCAGGCUCGGUUUAGGUCAACUAGUGUUUACAUGUUGCAAAAGAAGAUACCAAUGUUACCUGCAUUAAUCACAGAAAAUAUUGGAUCUCUUAAUCCUGGAGUGGAUCGACUAGCAUUUUCCAUGCUCCUGGAUCUAAAUGUUGAUGGGGAUGUUGUAGACCGUUGGAUUGGUCGCACUGUUAUUCAUUCUUGUUGUAAGCUUUCAUAUGAACAUGCGCAGGACAUCAUUGAUAGUGCUUUCAAUUUUGAGAGUUCAAGCUUUCAUGAAGAUGCCUAUCCUAAAGUUCAUGGCCGUUUUGAUUGGCCGGAUGUUCUUACUUCUUUGAAGAGUCUCUAUGAAAUUUCAAAGGUGUUGAAACACAAGAGAUUUACUAGAGGGGCUCUUCGGCUUGAUAACCCCAAAAUUGUUAUUCUGAUUGAUGAUAAUGGCAUCCCUUAUGAUAUUACAUUUUCUGAACAGAGAGAAUCAAAUUUUCUAAUCGAGGAGUUUAUGCUUUUGGCCAAUACAACAGCUGCUGAAGUAAUAUGUAGAGCUUAUCCUGAAGUUGCACUACUGCGGAGGCAUCCUGAACCUAAUAUGCGGAAGCUCAAAGAGUUGACUGCAUUUUGUCAGAAGCAUGGUUUAAAUUUGGAGACUUCUUCAUCUGGUCAUAUCCAUCGGUCCUUAGAGCAAAUAAAGGAAAAGCUCAAGGAUGACCCUGUGCUUAAUGAUAUACUUAUUUCCUAUGCUACAAAGCCAAUGCAGUUGGCUUCUUACUUCUGUAGUGGUUAUUUAAAGGAUAAUGAGCAUGAGUGGGGUCAUUAUGCACUUGCUGUCCCUUUAUACACUCAUUUUACAUCACCUUUACGUCGAUAUUCAGAUAUUGUUGUCCAUCGGACACUACUUGCUACGAUAGAGGCCGAAAACAUUUAUUUGAAGCAGAUGGGAAAGGAAGUUGGAGGGAAGAAAAGAUGUUUCACAGGCAUCAACUUUGAUAAAAAUGCUGCAGAAUCUGUUGAAUGUAGGGAAGCUUUAUCAGCUGCAGCCUUGAAGCAUAGCGUUCCGAGUGCUAGAAUACUUGCAGAUAUUGCUGAUCAUUGCAACGAGAGGAAGAAAGCUAGUAGAAAUGUUAAGGAUGCCUGUGAUAGACUUUACAUAUGGUUUAUCCUGAAGCAGCAAAAGGUCUUACUAUCAGAAGCAAGAAUAUUGGGACUAGGCCCAAAGUUCAUGUCAAUUUAUAUUCAAAAGCUUGCGGUUGAGAGGCGCAUAUAUUAUGAUGAAGUUGAAGGUUUGACUGCUGAGUGGCUCGAGGCAACAUCCACACUGGUGCUUAGCAUAUCUCCUAAUAAGCGUGUUUUUAGGAGAGGCACCACUAACAAAUGGAGGGCAUUGUCAGAAGCUGUAUUGAUUGCUUGUCCGUAUGACCUGAAAGUUAAAAUGAAUUGUUGUAAUCAAAAUGAAGGGAUGGGAGUGGAUUCUGUUGCAUCUGACAUGAACACUGAAAUUAAGCCUGCAUUUUUUCCACUCACCGUGCAUCCUCUUUCAACAAUUCCAGUUGCACUUCAUGCUGUUGGUGGUGAUGCUGGGCCUCUUAAUUUUGGAGUGAGGCUUUACAUGAGCUCUUAUUUUGAUUAA